AGUUGUGUUUUCUUCUGGAAAACGUGUUUACUUGUUGAAAGUUGGCUCAAUGGGAAUGGCUAUAGAGAGAACUCUGGUACAGGAGCAUCCUGGGAACCUCUAUUUAUUGGAUGUUGAUUGGAAAAGGAACUUUGUUUAUUGGACAAAUACCCAGGGGCAUCUAGUCUAUUCAAGUGGAUAUUCAUGACAAAAGCAAGAGAUUUGGACCCAGUGUUCAGUCUACUCAGCAAAUGUGGACAUAUCAACUGGGAAUGUGUACUGGCUACCCUGAGACUGAGGUGCUAUUCAGAAGACCAGAAUUCCAGGUACUGAUACACAUACCCUCUAUAGCACCCACAAUAUUAUACUGCAUUUGCUUCUUGACUGGCCCAGGAAGGCACUCUACUGGGUGGAGAGUGGGAAGGCCCUGCAAAGCAUGAUUCUGGAUGGCAAAAACAGACGGGAAUUUUGGAGAGGCACCUGGGCAGCAAACACUCAGAUGGCCUUGGACCUCGGAUCUGCUACUAUCCUCUGAGCCACCAAAGGAUUGAGGUUGCAAAGUCUGAGUCUCCUGAAAAACCAGACAUAUUCUUUGAACACAUCCUGGAGUGGUGGGAUUAUGGUGGCUCAUGAACCCUAUCUAGUAACUGCAGACAAGGCAGCGCUUGUGCUGUGGAACAGGAAGACGUUGGAGCCCUUCUCUGUGCUGAAGGAGCCACACAUAAGGAAAAUGAUCAUCUUGGUAGAGAAUCCGGAGGUGCCAGAUCCUGGGCUUAAGGGGGCAGCGCCCACUGCCCCUUCCCCUCCUCCUGUGCUUUGCACCCAAACCUCUGUCCCCUGUCAAGAUGGGAAGGCCUGCAUUCCCCAGGAGUCCCUCUGUGAUGGUGACUGUCAGGAUGGCUCUGAUGAAGAGAACUGCUCUCGGGUCUGCCAUUGGCCAGGUUCGCCACUCUCUCCUGUCCUCAGUGUUUUGUGCCAGGGGCCUUCCAGUGUCUGGAUAGAAGCAGGUGCAUAGAGGAGAAAUACCACGGUGAUGGGGCUCAGCAGUGUUUGGAUGGGUCUGAUGAACUGGGCUGCUGGAAGCCCACUGAAGACUGUUCUCUGCAUUGUGACAACAAGACCCACUGUAUCCCUGAGAGCUGGAGAUGUGAUGGGAAGCUAGACUGUUCUGACAAAUGAGAUGAGCAAGAAUGCAUUCGUGAGAAAUGCAGCCCCUCUGAAUUUCAGUGUGAGAAUGGCCAAUGCAUAUCUUCCUCCCUGUACUGUGAUGGGAACCGAGACUGCUUGGACUACUCAGAUGAAGAAGGCUGCACUGUUGCCUUGUCCCUGAGGUGCCCAGAAGGGGAGAUGAAGUGCCUGAGGAGUGGAGAAUGUGUACUCGCAGAGUGGAUAUGUGACCAUGAUUUAGACUGCAAAGAUGGAACAGAUGAGAAGGAGGACAUCUCCAAGGACUGGAACGUGAUGACUGCUGAUCUAGAGGACUGUGACCCAGAGGUGCUUCCAUGUGGCCUGAGGCAAUGACCUGUGCCAAUGGAGACCAAUGUGUGCCUGAUUCCUGGCACUGCGAUGGGCAGAGGGACCGCAGGGAUGGCAGUGACGAGGCUGGAUGUGCUGAGCCAAUCCUGUUUGCUGCAAUUCAGUUUAACCUAUUCUCUGGCCUAAGAAGCUUGAAAGAGGAUAUUCUGACAGCUACAGACAAGAACCAGAUUAUCAACUCCAUUGACUAUGACUUAAUGGAUCAGAAAGUCUUUUGGGCAGAUCUCAACUCAGAAAGUAUAAAGUGGAUAAGUGUGGACACAAAGAAGGAAGGCACUGUGGUGAGAGGAAUAAACCCAAGCUGUGUAGUGGUUGACUGGAUUGGAAGGAAUCUCUACUGGACUGAUGGGAGAUCUGGCCAGAUUUUGGCAGUUCAGUUAAUUGCUGUUUGGAGAGGAAAACCUGAGUACACAGUUGUUCUGGAUGGUGGCGUGAAUCAGCCCAAGGCUUUGGCUUUGGAUCCCCUAAAUGGAUUGAUGUACUGGUCUGAAGUUAGAGAAAAGCCUCAAAUAGAGCAAGUUGGAAUGGAUGGCAGCAGCAGACAGACACUCAUCAGUCAAGGCCUUGGAUGGACAACUAGCAUAGCUCUUGACCAGUUAAGUUGGAAGACAUUCUGGUCUGAUGACAAAUUUCAUUGCAUUGGCUCUGCCAACUUAGAUGGCACUGGCAUUAGUCUAACACAAAUCAAGAAUCCCUUUUCAGUAGCUGUGUUUGAAGAUGAAGUCUUCUGGUCUGGCACAAAGACAAGAACAGUACAACGUAUGGAGAAGAUGACAGGCAAGAACAGGGCUGUCCUCAUCAAGCAUUACGGACAGCCCUAUGGACUCAAGGAUUCAAUAACACAGAGUGGCAUCUAGAUAAUGCAUGAAGUGCUCCAGCCCAGGUCUUCUAGUCCUUGUCUGGACACUGGAUGUUCUCACUUGUGUCUUCUGAACCCACGAUCCAAGGGAAGCUGUCACUGUCGGGUAGGCUUCCUAUUGGCAGAUGAUGGAAUCAGCUGUGUUUCAGUCCAGGAGUCUGCCUUUGUAUUCCUGAUAUUGCCUACAGUUAUCACUCAGGUACUGUUCUGGAAUUUUCCUGACAUGUCUAUGCCUUGUUUCUGCUUUAUUUGGACUUUGAGUAUUAGAAUUCUCCACACACAGUUGUAAACAUUGGAGACCUUUCUUCUUGAAAAAUAAUUGAUACACAAUUUAAAUUUUAAUAUUCGUUAUCUGCAGAGUAUCAUUGUGACUAUAAUAAAGCCUCUUGAUCAUAACAAAAGAGUUAUUGUGGCCAAAGGAAAGUUUCUUAAAAUACUUAAAUGAAGACCAUACUCACCUAAAUUCCUUUAUGACAUGCUUAGCACACCAGAACACAGUGAGGUUCAGACUAGAGAGUGUGUUUAUCUCUGUUUAGUUUUCCAGUAUCUUAGUGGAGAUGCAUAUACUUCUAAAUGCAAGAAGCUCCACUGAGUUUAGCCUUGGAGGACACACAUUUUUUGAAGGAUUGUGUCUUAAAUUAAUAGAGGAUAAAUGUACUAAUAAGCAGGUCACCAUCCAGAGAAUUUGUCAAUUUUAGCAUUUUAAAAUUAUAAAACAAGUUAUAUGGUGGUGUGGAGAGCCGUAGGCCCCCACCCC